GAUAUAACUGCUCGGGCAGGGAAAGCGCUUAUGCUACAGUCCAGAGCAGCAGCGGCAAAGGCUACAGUUACUUCUGUGCAGAGCAUCAGUGAUUAAUCUGCAGAAAUGUCCGACAAACCAAAUAUGGCUGAAAUUGAGAAAUUUGACAAGACUAAAUUGAAGAAAAUAGAAACGCAAGAGAAAAAUCCACUGCCUUCAAAAGAAACAAUUGAACAGGAGAAGCAAGCGGGUGAAUCGUAAUGAAAUCUGCCCUUCCAAAUUAUGCACUGUACAUUCCACAAGCAUUGCCUUCUUAUUUUACUUCUUUUAGCUGUUUAACUUUGUAAGAUGCAAAGAGGUUGGAUAAAGUUUAAAUGACUGUACUGCCCCUUUCACAUCAAAAAAUAGAACUACUGACACUGAAUGAAGGCGCUGCCUUUCCAUCUGCCUGUCUGGGUUUGGUCCUGGUGGCAUGAAAGAGCUUGCAUGUUGAUGAAAGAAGAACUUGGGUGGGACUACAGUAAACUAGUAACACAUGAAUAAAUGCAAAGCUGUACCAAGGUCCUGCGAGCUGUAAAAUGCAGUUAAUCGAGUGCCAUUUUUUUUUGUUCAAAUGAUUUUAAUUAUUGGAAUGCACAAUUUUUUUAAUAUGCAAAUAAAAUGUUUUAAAACCUG